AUUCCUGCGUUAGGCAUGGACUCCCGCUUGACCUCGUCUAUCCCCUCCGCACAUAUCUUCGCUGACAACUCUCCUCAAGACACCCUCGGACUCUUAGCAUUGACUAACGUCGAGCACGCGUUCCCUGGCUGCAAUUCGGUCUCCGACCCCAUCGUGCCUGCUUUACAGUUGAAUGCCAUGGAUAUCCUGAGUUCUUUCAUGUCGAUGCAAGGGAUAGAGGGCCAGGAUAAUCAGCAGCAGCCCUCCGAAGUUCAACAAGGACAAGGGCAGGGGCAAUCACAGCAGUUUAAUGCUCAAACACCUCAGGCAUUGCUCGAACAGCAGCUGAAGCUCACUCGACUGCAGCAGCUUCAACAGUUGCAAAACCAGAUUUUCCAGCAACAGAUCGAGCUCAUUAGCAAUGGCGGCCUAGCGAACCCUCUUAUUCUACUUAACCAGCAAGGCAACAAUUUGUCUGGCGGAUUCCCCAAUCCGUCCCACACGGUUGUUAAUGGAGAUGUCGGACCUUCGCAGCGGGAAAACCCGUUCCAUGGACUUCCUACUCCAGUAUCCUCCACUGAAUUACGGGCUCAAAAUCCUGGAGAGUUCGUCUCCCCCCUUAUGUUGCAGUACACAGAUCCAAAUUUACCUCUUCCUGGUCUUCCGCGCUCCUCGAGUCAUGGGCAACAUCAAGGCCAGAUGCACGACUUCCUCGGCGGCACCAACCCAGCGAAUCCGCGCCAUCAAGAAUUGUUGCCCCCCAUCUUCGGUUCCGGAUCUAACCAGCACCAUGUCCAACCCUUAACGCCCGAUACCUUCGCCUCGCAAACACACCAAAAUGCCUUCAGCGGUGGAAGCCAUCAUAACUUGCGCCAAAACAUGUCCCACUCCGCGCCUGCCGACAUCGUCUUUCGUACAACACCUCCUGUUCCUGCAGAGAUGGAGUACGAGAUUGACAAUGUUUCUCCGCUUACUUCACCGUGGUUUGGCGCGACACUGUCUUCGGGGUCGGGAACAGUGCAAGCUGGAGGAAGUGCCACCUCAAAAACUACGAUGAAGCGCGGUCCUUCGCCCACUGGCGGGCAGCAGGUCCGUAAGCGUCCUGCGACGCUGAAGAAGGCCGGCGCUGGCCGUGCAGCUUCGAGCAAAUCGGCGGGAUCGACGCCACUUUUGCGUUCGCGAUCGAGGAAGGGGAGCCUGAGUGUAUCUGCUGCCUUCAACAUUGGUAGUGGACAUGACGCUCCGCAGGAUACACCAUCUCCCGUCGAUUUGUCGAUGCCGCCUCCUGCUGCUCCCAACCAGUCCAACAGUAGCAACAGUUCCGGGAACGGAGACGGGCUCGCGCAGAGCGCGCUUGACAAACCGGUCCUUCCAAUCACUCCGUCGACGAUGUUGAACAUUGGUCGAACAUCUAACAGUUUCGAUGACAUAUCGGCGCUGCCGAGUGGAAGCCAACCCGCCGGCGUUCCCCAGCCACCUUCGCCCGUGCUGCCGCUCAUGCCGAAAGGCAAGGGUUCGCACAAGUUGGCGGAACAGAAGCGGAGAGACUCGCUCAAAACAUCCUUUGACGAUCUACGCGUGCUUCUUCCCCCGAUUCCGAUGCCCUCCGAGGAUGGGUUCGCACCCACCGGUGAACCCAUUCUUCCUGGCGCUCUCCCACCCCGAGGUCCGCCUAAGGGUGGCGGGGAAGGCCCCAACCGCGGCGUGAGCAAGUUGCAGUUGCUUAGGUGCGGCAACGAGUACAUCAAGACCCUCAAGGGGCGUGUUGACCGUCGCGAUGAGGAGAUCGAAAGGCUCAGGAAGGAGGUCAGGAAGCUGCGGUUGAAAGCCGCAGGAUCCGGCGAAGCUCCCAUCGCGGAAGAGGAUGAAGAGGAGGUUGUGGAUCUUGAGAAGGAUGUUGACGCUGUCGAAAAAUUAGGCGGCCUUGGAGUAUUCGGGAACGCAAUGUCCGUGGGCGCCGAAGACGGCGAAGACGACGGUGCGGAGUAGUAAUUGAUGGAACCGGUUUGGGGCCUUCCUUUCGUAUCAUCUCUAGGGUUCAUAUACAUACUUAUUGGGGGUGCAUGUAGGACUUGUAUAGACAUCCUGUGUAACUCACUAUAUACUACUAUCUAGAAGGACGCUCAAAUCAUACAACGCAGUAGAUAGAAUAGGAUCCUGAUGUG